CUCCCAAGCGCGCGCCACGACGAUGGACGCGAAGCUCAGAGAAUGUGCCGCCCUCGGCCAGAAGGACAAGACCCCAGCCUUCAUCGCCCUCAUUCCACAAGCCCUAUCACAAUCAGAUCCCCUCCCCGAUCUCCACGCCCUCGUCAGCUUCGUCGUGAAUGAGGAGAGCGUCGGCUUGGUCGUCGGCCGCCAGGUCCUCGCGGAGGUCGUCAAAGCACUCGGGGAGAAGACCUUGUCGGACCACGAACUUAGAAAGAAGCUAGUGCAGGACACACUUGACUUGAUCGAGCCGCGCAUCGCGAGUUAUGUGGAACAGGCGAAUGCGCUGCGGUUCCAGCUAGCAGACCUCCUGGAGGAGGAAGAGGAGUGGAGCGAGGCAGCGCGCACGCUGAUCGGCGUCAACCUCGAUGCAGGACAAAGAUCAUCCACGGAUGCGGACAAGCUGCGCGUAUACGUGCGCAUCGUGCGCCUGCUGCUUGAAGAUGAGGACUCCGUUCAGGCAGAGACGUUCUACAAUCGCGCUGCGCUCCUCGUUCAUUCGGCUGGCAAUGACAAGGAGACGCUGCUGCAGUUCAAGCUCUGCCAGGCGCGCAUCAGCGACUACUCGCGCAAGUUCUUGGAAGCUGCAAGCCGGUACCACGAGCUCAGCUACACCGCGGAGAUCGACGAGGAUGAGCGGAAGUUCAUGCUAUCCGCCGCCGUCACCUGCGCCGUCCUCGCCCCCGCCGGGCCCAACCGCUCCCGCAUCCUCGCCUCCCUCUACCGCGACGAGCGCUCCGCCGAGCUCCCCACCUUCAACGUCCUCUCCAAGAUGUUCCUCGACCACAUCCUCCGCCCCGCCGAGAUCCACGAAUUCGAGAAGACCCUCAAGCCGCACCAGGUUGCCAAGAUCGCCAUCUCAUCGAACGACCGCUUGUCCGCGGUCGCCGACGAAGACGAAGAAGCAGGGAGCGCAGACGAGCCCGUGAGCACGCGGCGCGGGCCGAGUACGGUGCUUGACAGAGCGGUGAUGGAGCAUAAUCUGCUUGCGAGCUCGAAGAUCUACAACAACAUCACGUUCCGUGGACUGGGCGCCCUGCUCGACUUGACGCCUGGUGCGGCGGAGACGAUGGCGCGACGGAUGAUCGAACAGGGCCGGUUGCGCGGAUGGAUCGACCAAGUAGACCGGCUGAUUUGGUUCGAGGCGCGCGAGGACGAGGAGGCGCAGGGUAAGGCGGGUGGCUUAGGUGAUGUAGAGGAAGCGGAGGAUACGGGCUCGCCAUUUACGAAGCGGUGGGAUAUGCAGAUUCGGACGACGGCUGCGCAUGUCGAGUCUAUUGUCCAGCAUCUGUACGAGAAGAACCUGAUCCAUGUAGCCACUGCGGCAUAGGUAGUGAAUCGACGUUGUAUCAGUGUCUGGAACCAUUUGCU